AUUUCUAAGCACAAACUCUUUCGUUAUUCGUAUGGUGUUGUGUUUCUCACAUGAAAUUACUCAAUUAGUGAACACUAGCUAGAGCACAACAAAACAAUGGGCAUCCAAGACACUUACGAAAAUUGUCAUUUCUCACCCUGGAAGUCGCACUGAUGGAUGCUGAAUUCGGUUUUUUUGAAAAAGGUUUUAUGAGUUUAUGGAUUAAGGUAUUUUUGUGAAUGCGUUCCAACUGUUUGUCAAUUUGUCCAAGUGAAUGAUUGCAGAGAGAAUGAAGGUGAAAGUAGUGUGUAGAAAAGUGUACGAUUACAUUCGCUAUGACUUGAAAGAAAUUGCGUUUCCUUCUUCACUUCCCGACCCUCCUCACAUUAAAAAGCGUCGCAAAUUGACUUGGAACGAGCGUUUUCUAGUGUUGAAGGAGGCCUCAAGGCUUUAUGCUGCUAGCUGGGUACGAGAUAUUGGUCCUGAUCUUCGCCCAAAUGAUUAUAAGAAGGAUGACGAGACUGAUGAUGAUAGAGCUAAUGGUGCUAAAAGUGCAACUAAUGAGAAAGAACCAUCUACGCUUGAAGAUCUUGCGGUGGCUGCUAGAGGAGGAAUGGAGACAUUAAGGCCAGCUUUGCAGCGAGUCUACAUGACAAGAGCUUCUGCAUAUAAAGAUGCUCUCAAAAGUUUCAUAGCAGGGUAUCAAGAAGGGAUCCAGCAAGUCAUGGAGAAGAAGGAGGAUGCUAAAACAAAAGAAGAAGGCGAUAUCCCCAAAAACUCUACUAGUCACUAAUCUAUACUAGGCAGUAUAUGCGAGUAUUACUCCAGCAAUGUACUAUUGAGAACAAAUUAAGAGCUCUCCUGCAGCUGGGUUUGCUAGAAUUUACUAGUGUAAUCUAUCCAAUUUGAGGGUUCUACUCUGCUGUAAACAAAUCUAUGAAGGAUAUGAAUAUAAUUGAAUUUUUAUAUCUAA